CAUUUCUGUAGCUGCAUAGCAGUCUUCAUUCACCGAGUUAACUGAGCCCAGGCAAAGCGAAUCGCUAUGGCCAUAAUUUCAGAUUAUCAGGAGGACGAGAACGAGACGAAGCCGAGAUCGAAUUCAAAUCCGUCAUCGUCUUCUUCAUCUAAAACGCUGUCGUUUAACGCGACGUUCGAUCCAAGGAAUCCUAUAGCGAUUUUGGAGAGGCUGUUCGAUUUUCUGGUGAAGGAGACCGACUUUAUGGCUGAAGACACUGUCGAGAAGCAAAUCGCGGCUGUGGUGAAGGCGGCCAAGGAUAAGGUUAAGAAGAAGAUGGCCGGGGAAAGAGAAAGGGAAGCUGCUUUGGAAGGGAAUGAGAGCAAGAGGCUGAAGGAGGAGAAGAAGCCUGAUGUUAAGGAGGAGAAGAAGGUUGAGGUCAAAAGGGAGAUGAAGGCCAAGGUCAAAGAGGUGCCAAUGGAGAUCGAGAAGGAGGAGGAGAGUGGCGCCAGAGGGGCAGUUCCAAACAAAGGUAAUGGCCUCGAUCUGGAGAAAUAUUCUUGGACACAGACCCUACAAGAGGUUAAUGUACUUGUUCCAGUCCUUGUUGGUACAAAAUCAAGGUUUGUUGUAUGUGACAUAAAGAAAAACCAUCUGAAAGUUGGACUGAAGGGUCAGCCUCCUAUAAUUGAGGGAGAACUUUAUAAGCCUAUCAAGGUUGAUGAUUGCUAUUGGAGCAUUGAGGACCAAAAUACCAUCUCAAUUCUUUUGACCAAGCAUGACCAAAUGGAAUGGUGGAAAUGCUUGGUGAAGGGAGAUCCUGAAAUUGAUACGCAGAAAGUUGAACCUGAAAACAGCAAACUAUCUGAUCUGGAUCCUGAAACACGGCAGACUAAUGAAAGAAAUGAUUGUAUAUUUGUUGAUGAGCAGCAUGAAAGGAACUGCUACACUGCACUGGAUAUUUUAAAUAUGACAGAGGAACAGAGUGAGGAUUUCCCUGAACAUACAAAUGAUAUUACCUCAGUAGAAUUGGAUUCUCAACAUGCAAAAGCGAACAUUACAUAUUUACGUCAUCAAGUGAGAAGACAAAAAAAACAUCCCAGCAGGAAGAAAAGCUGGUUGGAACAAAAGCAGAGCGCACUAAUGGUGGUGGCAUCACUAAUAGCGACCAUGGCUUUCCAAGCUGCAAUUGGAGUUUGGAAAGAGGACUUACAAAUGUCAACACCAGAAUCAGUGUCACAUAGCGCAGGCCACUCUAUAAUGGCUGAUAAGUGCCCAAGACGAUAUACUCUCUUUGUCAUCUAUAAUACAACAAGUUUUCUAUCAUCCAUCAGUGUGAUCUUGUUACUAAUAAGUGGUUUACCUUUUGGGCCGAAGUUUUUCAUGUGGAUUCUGAUGGUAAUCGUGUGGAUCGCUAUUACAUCAACGUUAAUAACAUUCUCAAUCUCCAUAUCUGGUGUCUCUAGUCCUGAUCAUACUCUUAUUCCUGUGGUAGUUGCUAUAGGCAUGGUCAAGGUUUCAAAUUGCGGUCGCAGUCACGUUCACAGUCGUGGUCGCGGGUAA